GAAGGCUGCAAGGACCGUCGAUGAUCAGAAUUCACUAUUGCAACUGUUUGGACUUUGGAGCAGCGCCUUGUAGAGCUGAACAAACGUGAAUGCGAGAGACACCAGCAAUGGAGGAUUUGCAGAGUGCUCUAAAGGAUCGUAAUUUAACGGUUUCCACCGUGGCAGAUAAGGGUCGCUGCCUCUUGGCUACGAGAGAUUUUUACCCAGGAGACGUGAUUAUAAGCCAAGAGCCUUAUGUGUGUGCGCCAAAUAAUUCUUCAGCCGAAACAAGGUGUGAUGGAUGUUUCGCGACAAGUAAACUUAAAAAGUGCUCUGGUUGUCAAGUUGUAUGGUAUUGUGGAAGUACAUGCCAGAGGGCAGAGUGGAAGUUGCAUCGUCUUGAAUGUGAAGUUCUCUCAAGGCUGGAAAAGGACAAGAGAAAAUUUGUCACACCAUCCAUUCGACUGAUGGUAAAACUUUAUCUUCGAAGGAAGUUGCAAAGUGAAAAGGUUAUCCCAAGCACUGCUACAGACAACUAUAGCUUGGUGGAGGCAUUAGUGGCACGUAUCCUUUUGUCAUAUUUUGUCUUUAUGUCUAUUGUACUUAACACGGUUCUGUAUAUGUUUUCUCACAUAUCAAUGAUGAUUGUUAUUUUUGACACACACUUCCAUCUAGACAUGUCUGACAUCAAUGAGGGACAGCUGGUUCUGUACGCGCAGAUGGCUAAUCUUGUAAACUUAAUAUUACAGUGGCCUGAAAUCAACAUAAAAGAGAUUGCGGAAAAUUUUUCCAGGUUUGCAUGUAAUGCGCAUACCAUUUGCGACAGUGAACUGAGACCCUUGGGGACAGGAUUGUAUCCUGUAAUUUCCAUAAUCAACCACAGUUGCUUGCCCAAUUCAGUGUUGGUUUUUGAGGGAAGGUCAGCUGUAGUACGUGCUGUGCAACAUAUACCCAAAGGUUCGGAGGUGCUGAUAAGUUACAUAGAGACUGCUGGGAGCACUAUGACUCGGCAGAAGGCUCUCAAAGAGCAGUACCUGUUCACUUGCACCUGUCCCCGCUGUGCUAGAAUGGGACAAUCUGAUGAUAUUCGAGAAAGCGCAAUUUUGGAAGGAUACAGAUGCAAGAAUGAAAAAUGCUAUGGUUUCUUGAUGCGUACUAAUGAUGGAAGAGGAUUCCAAUGCCAAGAAUGUGGACUAGUCAGGGACAUGGAAGAGAUAAAGUUGAUUGCAACGGAAGUAAAAUCACUAACUGAAGAUAAAGCUUCUAAACUUGAUCCAACUGGCAAUUAUCAGGAUGCUGUUGCUGCAUACAAAAUAAUUGAGAAAUUGCAAUCAGAAUUAUGCCAUCCCUUUUCAAUCAGCUUGAUGCAAACUCGAGAAAAGCUUUUGAAGUUAUUGAUGGAGGUGGAACAUUGGAGAGAAGCUCUGGCAUACUGCAAAUUGACCUUACCAGUCUAUCAAAAUCUAAAACCCCCUGCUCUUAUUCAGUUUGAGCUGCAAAAUCCACACAUGCUGCUGAUGUCUAGUCCUGGACUUUCUAUUCUAUUACAGAGUUUAUCCAGCAGUUCAUCCAUUGCUUGGUUUGCAAUAUUAUACUUGUGGAAAGCUUGA